UUUUAUUGCUGGUGUUGCGAAAGUGUCACUUCUCUGGGCUUCCUGUCCUUGUCUUCCUUCUGCUCUGCCUCUGCACCUUCCCUAGGAAGGACCCACAGGAAGGGAAGAGGAGACAAUGGCUGCUGGGCCUCUGCCUUUGGGAGCUCAGUUCCAGGAGUUAGUGACAUUCAAGGAUGUGUCUGUGGAUUUCACUUGGGAGGAGUGGAUGCAGCUAGAUCCUGCUCAGAGAAACCUAUAUGGCAAAGUCAUGCUGGAGAACUACAGGAUUCUGGUCUCACUGGGGCAUCAACUUUCCAAACCAAAUGUGAUAGCCCAGCUGGAGCAAGAACUAAGCCUGAGGAACAAAGAACUCCCAGGGUGCACCUCUUCAGGCCUAGAGACAAGAUUUGAACACAAUGAGUUAUCUCCAAAGCCUAGUAUUACUGAAGAUUUAUCCUAUGGACCUGCAGUAGAAAGAAGUCUCUGGCAUUCAACCUUAGGGGAAGCUUUGAAAUCUGAUAAUUGGUUAGAAAAGCAACAGGAAAGACAUCUGGGCCAAGUUACCCAUAAGGGAACCCUCACUGAGAGGAGCAUAUGUAGAGGUAAUGAUUACAAAACAUGUUCCAAUCAAGAUUCAGUCCUUAAUGGAAAGCAAGGAAUUCUUAUGUCAAAAUCUCCCCACAACUGGAAUUCACAUGGAAAUGAUGCCAAAGAAAACUCUGAAUUAAUGAAAACUCAAAAAAUGUUUGUAGGGAAGAAAAUCUAUGAAUGUAAUGAAUGUGGGAAAACCUUCAGCCAGAGCUCAUCUCUUCUUAAGCACCAGAGGAUUCAUACUGGGGAGAAACCCUAUAAGUGCAAUGUGUGUGGUAAACACUUUAUUGAACGUUCCUCCCUUACUGUACAUCAAAGAAUUCACACUGGAGAGAAACCCUACAAAUGCAAUGAAUGUGGGAAAGCCUUCAGCCAGAGCAUGAACCUUACUGUCCAUCAAAGAACUCACACUGGGGAGAAACCUUAUCAGUGCAAACAGUGUGGGAAAGCCUUCCGUAAGAAUGCUUCCCUUAUUCAACACGAAAGGAUUCAUACUGGAGAGAAACCCUACAAAUGUAAUGAAUGUGGGAAAGCUUUUACACAAAGCAUGAAUCUUACUGUACAUCAGAGAACUCAUACAGGAGAGAAACCUUAUGAAUGUAAUGAAUGUGGAAAAGCCUUCAGUCAAAGCAUGCAUCUUAUUGUGCAUCAGAGAAGUCAUACUGGAGAAAAACCCUAUGAAUGCAGUGAAUGUGGAAAAGCUUUUAGCAAGAGUUCAACCCUUACCUUACAUCAGCGAAAUCACACAGGAGAAAAACCCUAUAAAUGUAAUAAAUGUGGGAAAUCCUUUAGCCAGAGUACAUACCUUAUAGAACAUCAAAGACUUCACUCUGGAGUAAAACCAUUUGAAUGUAAUCAGUGUGGAAAAGCUUUCAGUAAAAACUCAUCUCUUACUCAACAUCGGAGAAUUCACACAGGAGAGAAACCUUAUGAGUGUAUGAUAUGUGGAAAACAUUUCACUGGACGAUCAUCCCUUACUGUACAUCAGGUUAUUCACACUGGAGAAAAGCCUUAUGAGUGCUCUGAAUGUGGGAAGGCAUUCAGCCAGAGUGCCUACCUUAUUGAGCAUCAAAGAAUUCAUACUGGUGAGAAACCCUAUGAAUGUGAUCAGUGUGGAAAAGCAUUCAUUAAGAAGUCAUCUCUUAUAGUGCAUCAAAGAACUCAUACAGGAAGAAACCCUAUCAGUGUAAUGAAUGUGGAAAAGCUUUCAGUCGAAGUACAAACCUUACAAGACAUCAGAGAACUCAUACAUAAUGAAAGCGUUGAUGAGCUACUUCAUCAUGAUUAACUCUUAAGUAAUUAUCAUAUAAGUCAUGUUGAUGUAGAUGCCUAAUAAAUAUAACACUUGUGGGAAUCUUUUAGUUGAAGUACUAUAUACAACAUCAGAUAACAUAACCAUGACAGAAAUUUUGUGAGAGUGGAGACAUUUGGAUUCAGAAGAUAAAAGUUACUUUAUGUUAGGUUUGAGUAAUAUAUAAAAAAUGAAGAUAAGUUGUUUUGUCAUAUGGCAGGUUUUCUGGACAUCAGGUACUUCAUACUGAAAAGAAAAUGUCACAGUAAAUAGCUGGACAGCCCAAAAACCUGGUUGGUAGUCUUGGCUGCCACUAAUUUGGAAAAUUCACCCACUUUUACUGAGUUAUGUUUUCCUUAUGUGGUAAUGGAAAAAUUUUGGAUUUUAAAUGCCUACAGGAACCUUAUUUGCUAAAGUACUACAAAUGAUGAUGCUGGCAAAUUUCUAGUCUUUUAUUCUGUUAUAUUUUUAGAUGCUUCUACUUCACAGUUUACUUAGAUGUUUUGAGUCAAAGUUCUGUACCUCUACCAAUGCCUAUUAGCUACCAUGUUUCUUUCUCCCUGCCUUUUUACCC